AUGAGCAAGAACCAGCUGCGCAAGCAUGAGAAGCAGGCGGAGCGCGAGGCCCAACGACAAGAGGUCAAGGCUCGUGUCGAGGCGGAGCAGAAGCGAAAAGAGGACAUGGAGAAGAAGGCUGCGGAGGAAGAGACUCCUGAACAGCGGGCUCGAUAUGGCGUUCUGCCUGUCAACUCCUAUGCUGGAGAGCCCAAGAACAUUCAACGGGUCGAUAUUCGGGAGCUGAAGUCCACUCAAAUCGGCGAGACAGUCUACUUCCGGGCCCGUAUCCACAACUUGAGGAAGUUGAGCGCUCACCUUCUGUUCCUCGAGCUCCGACAACAAACAGCCACCAUCCAGGCCGUUCUACAGGAGAAGGACGACAUUACCCAGUUCUUCCUGUACUGGGCCGAACAUUUACACGUAGAGUCCGUGGUAUUGAUCAAGGGUCUGAUUCAAGAGCCAAGAGCGAAACAGGGCGAGAUCCUGGGUGUGUCGAUCCACAACCUGGAGAUCCUGAUCCAGGACAUGCACGUCGAGGCUCAACCGACAGAGCCUCUGGCAUUCACCGUCCACGAGGCCGAGGUCUCGCGUGCGGACACGGAGAAGCAAGGCACUACCCGUCAUCGCGUGUCAGACCGCGCCCGUCAAGGCAACAGGAUCAUCGACUUACGUACCACUACCUCGCAAGGCAUCUUCCGGAUCCAGUCCGCCAUCUGCCAGGCAUUCCGGGCCCAUCUCCAUGAGCUAGACUUCGUUGAGAUUCACACCCCAAAGCUACAAGGUGUCGCCUCCGAAUCAGGCGCGAGUGUUUUCAAGGUGGACUACUUUGGUCGACCCGCGUUCCUGGCGCAAUCUCCUCAAUUGGGCAAGCAAAUGGCCAUCGCAGCUGACAUGCGUCGCGUAUUCGAGAUCGGACCAGUCUUCCGCGCAGAGAACAGCAAUACACAUAGACAUUUGACCGAGUUUACAGGUCUAGAUAUCGAAAUGGCGAUCGACGAGCACUACCACGAAGUCCUGCGCACCGUGGACGGCACCUUCAAGGCCAUUUUCAAGUACGUCUACGACAACUACAAGAACGAGAUUGAAGUCGUCAAGAGGCAGUUCCCGGCGCAAGAUCUUGUCUGGCUGGACAAGACACCUAUCAUUCCUUUCGCGGAGGGCAUCCGCCUGCUCAACGAGUCUGGAUACCGCAACGAGACUGGCAAGCCGUUGCCAGAGGACGAGGAUCUGGGCACCCGUGACGAGAUCGCCCUUGGUGCGGUCAUCAAGAAGGAGUAUGGUACCGAUUACUACGUUUUGGAUAAAUUCCCAGCUUCGGCCAGACCAUUUUAUGCCAUGCCAGAUCCUGAAAACCCAAAGCUUACCAAUUCAUUCGACAUCUUUCUCCGCGGUCAGGAGAUCGUUUCGGGCGGUCAGCGCAUCCACGACGCGACGAUGCUUACCAAGCGUAUGUUGGACCUGAAGAUGGAACCUAAGUCGAUGGAAGACUACAUGAGCGGAUUCGAGUGGGCCACGCCUCCCCACGGCGGUGUUGGCAUUGGUAUGGAACGUCUUUUGAUGCUGAUGCUGAAGCUGGGAGACAUUCGACACGCUACGCUCUUCGCACGGGAUCCCAAGUCGCUGCCAUAUACACCCCCCGUCAAGCAGCUCCGCCAUCCCGAAGCGAGCACGUUGCACCCGCCGUGGGCAGGCCAAGAUCGCGCCGCAGCACACAUGGAUUUCCAGCCUCUGGAGCACCUGAUUGCCAACUAUGGAGAUGCAUCCAACACAUCUUGGCUAGAGCCCAAAUUUGAGAUCUGGCGAGAGCCAUACACGGGUGCUGCUAUCGGCUUCGUCCCGCACAACGGCUUCGCCAUCACUAUCGGAGACCCGCUGUGCCACCAGUCUCAAUAUACAAAAGUCAUCGGCGGAUAUCUCAAAUACAUCAAGAAAGAGCGGCGUACCAAGCCGUUAUGGCUCCUUUGCGGUGCGGCCACAGAGGAAGUUCUCGCCACCAAAUUUGACUGGCGCACUUUCUCGCCCGCCGCCGAGCAGCGUGUCGACCCCGGCAACAACCCGGCCGUGAAGGAUCCCGACGUCCAGCGCAAGGUCCGCCAUGCGGAGAAGGAGGGGGUCAAGAUCCACGACAUCCUCAUUGGCACGCCUCCUUCCGACGAAAUCCGCCAGAAAAUCGACAAGCGCAUCGAAGACUGGCUGGCCAACCGCAAAGGCAAGCAAGUGCAUCUCACAGACGUGCACCCGUGGCAAGACGAGGCCCACCGACAGUACCACUACGCAGUCACCACGGACCAGACCAUCUGCGGUCUCGUCAUCCUCGCGCAGCUGUCGCCUGAACACGGGUGGCAGGUCAAAUUCGCACUUGACUUCCCCGGUGCGCCCUCGGGCAGCAUCGAGAUGCUCGUGCUCCACGCGCUCAAGGCAUGUGCAACUGCUGGCGCCACCUCGGCCACCUUUGGCGGUGGUGCAUCAUCCAAAUUGACCGCUGGCCACAACUUGAAGGGGACGCGGUUCAAGGUUCUGAGCCGGACGUACAAUGCCAUCUCGUCCGAGUUGGGCUUGACGAAGAAGAGUGAAUUCCGUGAGAAGCUUGGAGCUGUUGAGGAUCCGAUCUAUGUCUGCUACCCACCCCACGGUUUGGGACCCAGCGGUGCUCGCGCCAUCAUCACCUUCUUCGAAGACGACGACGAGUCCUCCAAAUUGGGCUAG